AUGCCUCCUCGGACCAAAAACGCCAUCAUCAAGGACGAGGAGUGGAUGAGGGUCCAACCGAUCAUCCGCAGACUUUACCUCCUGGAGGACAAGAGUUUGAAGGAUGUCAUUUCAACACUCAGCAUGUUUCAUGAUUUCCGUCCAAGGUUAGUUAAUUUCAAGGCCCAGCUGGAAUCAAAACUCAAGCAAUGGCACAUGACGAAAAACAUGACGAGCCUGGAGUGGAAGCAUGUCGACGCAAGAAUACGCCGGCGCCGUCUCCAGGGCAAAGAAAGCAAGGUCUAUCUGUCCGGUAUCCCACUACGGCCCGCGACUGUCGAGAAGGCGAGAAGCCGCCACUCCUUUGAGUCUACCUUGGACAGACUUGCUGGAAAGGCACCCCCCUCACCAAAAGACCUUUCCUUGAUCAUUCGCACGCCAUCACCACCGGCUGAGGGGUCAACUUGGGUGCGAUCUUCCAGUCCCAGCGCAGCAGUGGCUCACUGA